CUGGGCGGGAGCUGCGGGGCGCUGCUGGCGUGCCUCGCCCUGGCGUUCCCCGUCUCGGGAGGCAAACUUUUGUCAAAGCAACAUGCUUCACAAUUUCUGGUUAGGAAACGCCGAGCAAAUCAUCCCUUUGAAGAAGUCAAACCGGGUAAUCUUGAAAGAGAGUGCAUCGAAGAACUGUGCAGUAAAGAAGAAGCCAGGGAGAUCUUUGAAAAUUACCCUGAAACGGCCUACUGGUACAAGCCAAGGAAUGCAGGCUGUCUUGGCUCCUUCCGAGCUGGAUUAUUCACUGCUGCACGUCAGUCAACUAAUGCCUACUCUGAUCUAAGGAGCUGUGUCAAGGCCAUUCCAGACCAAUGCAACCCUCUUCCAUGCAAUGAAGACGGAUAUCUGAGCUGCAAAGAUGGCCAGGCUACAUUCACUUGCAAGUGUAAAUCAGGUUGGCAAGGAGAGAAGUGUGAAUUCGAUAUAAAUGAAUGCAAAAAUCCCUCAAACAUAAAUGGAGGUUGCAGUCAGAUUUGUGAUAAUACACCUGGAAGUUACCAAUGUUCUUGUAAAACUGGUUUUGUUCUACUUUCAAAUAAAAAGGACUGCAAAGAUGUGGAUGAAUGCUCUGUGAAGCCAGGCAUUUGUGGCACAGCUGUGUGCAAGAACACCCCAGGAGACUUUGAAUGUGAAUGUGCUGAAGGUUACAGAUACAAUCCCACAUCAAAGUCUUGUGAAGAUGUGGAUGAAUGCUCUGAGAACAUGUGUGCUCAACUUUGUGUCAAUUCCCCUGGAGGUUAUUCUUGUUACUGUGAUGGGAAGAAAGGAUUCAAACUUGCCCAAGAUCAGAAGAGUUGUGAGGCUGUUCCAGUGUGCCUUUCCUUGAACCUUGAGAAAAAUUAUGAACUCCUUUACUUGGCAGAGCAGUUCGUAGGGGUUGUUUUAUAUCUAAAAUUUCGCUUACCGGAUUUUAUCAGAUUUUCAGCCACAUUUGAUUUCCGGACAUAUGAUUCCGAAGGUGUUAUCCUGUUUACAGAAGCUCUUGACCACUCAGCUUGGCUCCUGAUUGCACUUCGUGGCGGAAAGCUUGAAAUUCAGUUUAAGAAUGAACAUACAACCCAAAUCACAACUGGAGGCCAAGUUAUUAAUAAUGGUCUAUGGCAUAUGGUCUCUGUGGAAGAAUUAGAACAGAGUAUUAGUGUGAAAAUAGCUAGAGAAGCCAUAAUGAAUAUAAAUAAACCGGAGAGCCUUUUUAAGUCUACAAGUGGAUUUGUAGAAACCAAAGUAUACUUUGCAGGCUUACCUCGGACACUGAAGAAUACACUCAUUAAGCCGAUUAAUCCUCGUCUAGAUGGAUGUAUGCGAGGCUGGAAUUUGAUGAAUCAAGGAACUGCAAGAGUAGAUGAAAUUAUUCAAGAAAGACAAAAUAAGCAUUGUUUUAUCACUGUGGAGAAAGGUUCCUACUAUCCUGGUUCUGGAGUUGCUCAAUUUAGCAUAGAUUAUAAUAAUAUAUCAAACCCCGAUGCUUGGCAUGUAAAUGUGGUUUUGAAUAUUCGUCCAUCCACGGGCACUGGCGUUAUGUUCGCCUUGGUUUCGGGUGACAGGGUACCUUUUGCCUUGUCCUUGGUGGACUCCUCCUCUGAGAAGCUUCAGGAUAUCCUGGUAUCUGUUGAAAAUACGGUAAUAUACCGGAUAGAGGCCUUAAGUCUGUGUUCCAGUCAACAAUCUCAUCUGGAAUUCAGAAUCAACAGAACAAAUCUGGAGCUGGUGACUCCCCUUAAAUAUGACAUCAUCCACUCUGAAGAUCUUCAAAAAGAAUUUGGCAUCUUGGACAAAGCAAUGAAAGGAAAAGUAGCCACUUACCUGGGUGGCCUUCCAGUUGUUCCCUUCAGUGCAACGCCAGUGACUGCCUUUUUUAAUGGCUGCAUGGAAGUGAAUGUGAAUGGUGUACAGCUGGAUCUGGAUGAAGCCGUCUCUAAACACAAUGAUAUUAGAGCUCACACAUGUCCAUCAGUUUUGGAAAACAAAAAGAGCCCUUAAGUCAUCUUUCGUCUGCUGAUAACAUCUUUU